AUGGCAGCCAUGGCUGGGGAGGAGUACGCACGUAUUUACUCUUGGGGCAAUGAUCCGAAACGAAAGGGCGACUACGAGCUGGCAAGUCCUUCGGAGCCACUGGACCUUCCACAGACACUACUCGAACCCUUACUCAUAAGGUACGCGACACUAAACGGAUUCAAAGUCCGGUGGGAUACGAAAUUUGUGUCCUUUAAGCAGGAACCUGAAGGCGGAGUCACAACGACAUUAUUCGACAAGGUCACGAAUCAAACGUAUACAGUCCGCUCAAAAUAUCUGUUCGGAUGUGAUGGAGCACGGAGUCCGAUUGUCCAGCAACUUGGUUUGCCCAUGAUUAUACGUCCUGGUCAGGGUCGUGCGACCAAUAUUUUGCUGGAAGCUGACAUGUCACAUCUCAUGGAGAAUCGUAUGGGUAAUCUACACUGGGUCUUGACUCCGGACAAAGCGACCUCGGAACACUCUUGGAUUGGAUGCUUUCGAAUGGUGAAACCGUGGCACGAGUGGUUGUGUAUUGUCUUCCAAUCGCCAAAUGCUGAGAAGAAGAUCUGGCAAGAAUCUGAUUAUGUCGAUCGAGUUCGGGAAUUAAUCGGGGAUGACUCGGUCGACUUCAAGAUCAAGGGCAUCUCGUACUGGAACAUCAAUGAAACCGCGGCCGAGGAAUACUCAAGAGGCGACGUCUUUGCACUCGGUGAUGCUGUGCAUCGACAUCCUCCUAAUCACGGAUUGGGAUCCAAUACCUGCAUUCAGGAUGCUCACAACCUGGCGUGGAAAGUGGCAUACGUUGAUAAAGGAUACGCUGGAAAAGAGCUCUUAAGCAGCUAUAACGCGGAACGCCAACCAGUCGGGCUUGACGUUGUCACGCAGGCAAAUGCAUCACUCCGCAACCAUGCCAAAAUAUGGCAAAUCCUCGGCAACAUGGAACCGACGAUCGAGAAGCGGAUGAAAAGCUUCAACGUGCUGAAGGAAGACUCCGAGGCCGGAAGAGCCCGCCGGCAGGAGCUCGCCGAGGGACUACGACGCAUCAACCGCGAGGAGCACGGUCUCGGUAUUGAGAUGAACCAGCGCUACACCUCGUCCGCCGUGUUCAAAUCCGACCAGGGCGCGUCGCCGACCUUCGCCACCGACUCGCUCGAAUACUACCAUCCCACCACCUACCCCGGUGCGCGAUUACCGCAUGUCUGGCUCACGCGCACAAUUCCCGAAAAGCCAAUCUCGACGCUCGACCUCGCUGGCAAGGGACAAUUUGCAUUGUUCACGGGUAUAGGAGGGCAAGGCUGGAGAGACGCAGCACGGAAGGUCUCGGAGAAGCUCGGUGUGCCUAUCAGCGUGCAUUCGAUCGGUUUCCGACAGGAAUGGGAGGACCAGUAUCUGGAUUGGUCGAAGAUUCGAGGUGUUGAGGAGUCAGGCUGUGUGCUUGCCAGACCGGACUAUUUUGUCGCGUGGAGGUCUCAGCAGUGGGAGGCUGAUAGCGCCGAGAAGUUGGAGACGGUUUUCAGAGAUUUGCUCUCACGGAAAGAAUGA